UUAGAAGAGCCAGUGACUGGGUGGCAGCACAGAAAGAAAAAGAGGGACUCUGUCCACCAUAAAGGUUUCAGGUAUCUGUAUCUGAUUGGGAUGGCGUUUCAAAUAUGGAAUUUUCUCUUCUUCACACUGCACACCAACUACCUCCUGACCACCGCUGACCAAACAGUUUUCCCAUCGCGUGCACAAGCCAACACCGUCUUCGUACGGUCCAAACGUGCCAACAUGUUUCUUGUAGAGGAAAUUCUGAAGGGCAAUUUGGAAAGAGAGUGUUACGAGGAGCGAUGCAACAAGGAGGAGGCCAGAGAGGUUUUUGAGGACAACCAGAAAACGGAAGACUUCUGGAACAUAUACUAUGAUGGAGACCAGUGUAAUUCCAGUCCUUGUCAACAUGGUGGCGUCUGUAAAGACACAAUUGGCGGCUACAACUGCCAGUGCACUGAAACGUACAGCGGACUCAACUGUGAAAAGGAUGUAUCUGAAUGCCCUGCUGAAGGUCCUCUGGCUUGUCAACAAUUCUGCAAACCCACGCAAGAAUCCUACCGAUGCUUCUGUGCCAAAGGCUACACCCUUCACAGUGAUAAAAGAAGCUGCAUCCCUCAAGUGACGUCCACCAUUCUCUUAGUUCAGAACCCCUGUGGUGUUGUAAGAGCUUCUUCUGACAGCCCUGCCAGUCACAAUAAGGACCAUAAUGGGCACAACAACCAAGUCUGCACCCAAGGACGCUGUCCAUGGCAGGUAAUCUUUGUGGAUGGCAGUGGGAAUGAGAUGUGUCAUGGUGUGGUACUCGGGAAACGAUCUAUUCUUACUACAGCUGGAUGCAUGACAAAAGACAAAGAACUUUACUUCAUCAUCGGUUCUUCCAAUGAAAGAAGGAACACUUCUGAGGCCAAAUGGACUCUUCAUAACAGGUACGUGACCGGACAUCCCAACGACGACUUGGCCUUUCUGGAGCUGAAAGAGCCGAUCGCGUUGGGUGAGAACAUCACACAGCUUUGCCUCCCAGAGAAGGAUUUCAGUGAGAACAUUUUGAUGAAGACUGGCAAAGAGGGCGUGGUGGUGGGUCAAUCCGGCAAUCCUUCAUACCUCCCACUGGACGACUGCCGCUCCAAACUGAAUCUGUCCUUCGAGUUAACCAAUAAGAUGUUCUGUAUGGACAAGCCAGAGGCCGAGGGUGUGGUGGCGAGGCGGUACAGGCGGAAACGGUGUGAUGUGAUAUCCGGGACUCCUGUAGCUAGUGUGGAGGGAAAUACAGCUUUUCUGACCGGACUGUUCCUGUCUCAGAGCGACUGCAGUCAGGGACUUGUGUUCACCAAGGUCUCCAGAUAUCUGCCUUGGAUCCGCCAGCAGUUUCUGAGCACCGAGGGACGCCAGAGAUGAUUUACAAAGACAGAAACGUACGGUCUGUUUACAUGCAAAGGUUUUCUCCAAUCCCACUGAAUUCAUUCCAAUUAUAGAUGAAGACUCAGGUGUUUAUUUACACCAAUCAGGCAUAACAUUAUGACCACCUUCCUAAUAUUGUGCUGGUCCCCCUUUUGCUGUCAAAACAGCCCUGCAACUGUGAUGCUGCAUUGUGUAUUCUAACACCUUCCUAUCAGAACCAGCAUUAACUUCUUCAGCAGUUUGAGCUACAGUAGCUCGUCUCUGUUGAAUCUGACCACACAGGCCAGCCUUCGCUCCCCACGCGCAUCAAUGAGCCUUGGCCGCCCAUGACCCUGUCGCCGGUUUACCACUGUUCCUUCCUUGGACCACUUUUGAUAGAUACUGACCACUGCAAACCGGGACACACCCCACAAGAGCUGCAGUUUUGGAGAUGCUCUGACCCAGUCGUCUAGUCAUCACAUUUUGGCCCUCGUCAAACUCGCUCAGAUCCUCACGCUCGUCCAUUUUCCCUGCUUCUAACAUCAACUUUGAGGAUAAAAUGUUCACUCGCUGCGUAAUAUAUCCCCCCCACUAACAGGUGCCGUGAUGAAGAGAUAAUCAGUGUUGUUCACUUCACCUGUCAGUGCUCAUAAUGUUAUGCCUGAUCGGUGUAUACGCUCUACUCAACAAUCUGAUAUAAAAAAUCCCCAUUUACAAACACGCUACAAGUCUGAUCUAAAAUUCCAUAGAUUAGCACUUGGUGUACAUGUUGCCAUGACAACAAGCAUCACGUUCGUGUGUUGGAGUUCUCAGUUGGAGUGUUUGGUUUUUAAUUGCUUUAAAAUUACAGCGGACUCAGAAAAAUGUACUUCACGUUCACUUAUUGUUAAGACUUAUUAAAUAAGUUUGCAGCGUAUACAA